AUGGACCUGCCGUCUCUGCUGCUCUGCAUCCUGCUGGAAGUCUUGGCUGUAAACUGUCAGGACUUUGGAGAGGAACGCAUCGUGGGAGGAUAUGCACCAGUUCCACAUUCCAUCAAAUACAUCGUGUCGAUACAGACGAUGGACCGCCGGCACAUCUGCGCGGGCGUCUUGAUAAAUAAAUACUGGGUUGUCACAGCAGCACACUGCAACAUUGGGGUCAACAACAUGAUGCUCGUGGCAGGGGAUUACUCUUUAACCAUUUAUGAGGGCACAGAGCAGGAAAUGCUGCCCCACCUCCUGGUGCCCCACCCUGCGUACAACAGCACCACGAACAACGGAGACAUCAUGCUGAUAAAGCUCAGGGCUCCCAUCUACCUGAACAGCUACGUCUCCAUCGCCCUGCUGCCCAGGCACGGCGCCGCCAUCGCCGAGGGCAGGACCUGCAGGGUGUCGGGCUGGGGUUACACCAGCGCCGUCGGGGGGCAGAUCCCCUCCACGCUCCGAACCGUCAGACUCCCCAUCGUCUCCACAGAAAACUGCAACGGCAGCCGGUCGUUCGACGGCAGGAUCACGGAGAACAUGCUCUGCGCCGGGUUCAGCGCUGGUGGGAAGGACGCCUGCCAGGGUGACUCGGGCGGCCCGCUUGUGUGUGACGGGCGUCUCUACGGCGUGGUGUCCUGGGGGAGCGGCUGCGCCGACGCUCGCUUUCCUGGAGUCUACACCGCCGUGUCCAAGUUCCGCAGGUGGAUAGACAACACGAUAUUUAGCUACUACAGCAGAUGCAACAGAGACUCCACAGUUUGA